CACCCCCUUUAGACUAUAAAUAGAGCUAUGCCCAAUGUAGGAUAUUCAUCCACUUCAAAGAAACUCUAGAGAUACAAGUAAUCUGAGACAACCUAGCUAGCAGCAAUAGCAACCUCGUUAAGAUCAUGAAAGGAGUUCAUUUGCCUAUUGCUACUCUUGCCAUCUUUGCAUUGGCAACCUUCCUCGUCUCUGCCUCAGACCCCAGUCCUCUACAGGACUUCUGCGUAGCCAUCAAUAACGCACAGUUUUCCCAAUUUCCCGGAGUGUUUGUGAAUGGCAAGUUCUGCAAGGACCCAAAGCUUGCAACAGCAAAUGAUUUCUUCUUCUCUGGUCUCCAAAUUCCAAAAUCCACGGCAAACGCAGUUGGUUCAACCGUGACAGCCGCGAACGUGGAGCAAAUCGCCGGAUUGAACACCCUUGGGAUAUCCCUAGCUCGCAUAGACUAUGCACCAAAUGGCGGUCUAAACCCUCCCCACACGCACCCUCGUGCCUCUGAAGUCCUUCUGGUCCUGGAAGGCACUCUCUACGUUGGCUUCGUCACCUCCAACCCCGAUAACAAGCUGAUCAGCAAGGUCUUGAACAAGGGAGAUGUGUUUGUCUUCCCAGUCGGUCUCAUUCACUUCCAACUUAACAUCGGACCCGUCAAUGCUGUAGCAAUUGCUGCUCUUAGCAGCCAGAACCCAGGUAUCACCAUAGCCAACGCAGUUUUCGGGGCCAAUCCUCCCAUCAAUCCUGAUGUUUUAAGCAAGGCGUUCCAAGUCGAUGAAAAGCUCGUUCAGUAUCUCCAGAAACAGUUCUGGUACAACAACAAUUAAACAAGAACGUGAUCAUAGACUUAAGGAAAAGUGGAGAACAUAUACGUAAAAGGCCAAGGAAAACCAAUAUGUAUGUUUUUCAUUAUUGUCCAAAAAAACAGAAAGAUGUAUGUUUUACAUUACUAUAAAUAAUGAAGAUGGUAAUUGCUUACGCAAUUUACAUUAUCCCAAA